AUGGAUAAAGAGAGUAAAAGGAAAAUGAAGAAGGCCAAAUCUCAUCCAAAUCAUAUCAUAUCUACUGUUUCAUCUUCCUAUGAUCAUCGGAACAGGAAAUAUCUCGACAGAUCUGAUGAUUACGGAGAAAAUUCCGAUCGAGAAAGAGUUUCCAUCGAAGUGUCAGCAGCAGAUGAAGAAAAUGAAAUCGAUAACCUAUGGGAACGUAUGUCCUGCAUUGCUCUUCGCAAAAGAGAAUCAUCACUCAAGCGAGGAGAAAAUCAUCAAGGAAUCUCUCCAGAAAAAAACGGUUUACAAUGGAAGCAAGAACAGAAAAUUAGAGCAGCAAGAUUAGAGAAACAGCUCAAGACAAGAUGUGCAUUAGAAGAUUUACUCGACGAACAGCUAAACCAUUUCCACACGAUCUACAAACGCGCAACAACAAAUUUGAUCCGUCUCAAAGACAUAUCUCAAUUCCUCAUUCCAAAAGAAGCCUUACCUCAAGAAAUCGCUUCCGUUUGGUGGAUCGGUGACUGGCGACCUUCUUCCAUCUUAGAACUAAUCCGAUCUCUACCUCGUUCAUCUCCAUCGUUCUCAUCCGAAGACGAUACCGGAUUCGAAACUGAACAGGUUCUAUCUCAACUUAUUCACGAAAUGCAAAUUGAAGAAACAGUACUUGAUGAACAAAUGGCUGAGAUUCAAUCCACAUGCGUAUUACAUCUACCUUUCGGUCGUGUUCAUCAUUCUAAUGGACAUGAAUUCACAUUGGCUUGUAUUCAAUCCGAGUACAAGAAAAUUCAUUGUGUUAUUAUCAAGGCACAACAUCUCCGAUUCAAGGCGUUGGAACUUGCAGUGAGAAAGGUGUUAAGUCAAACAGAUGCAGCAGAAUUCUUGAUUGCGUUUGAUGGAAUACAGGAUUUGAUUCAUCAAGUUGCUUCAGAUCAUAAGAUCAAAACAGGUCCAGUUUCAGUUCCAUUCAAGUAAGUACAAUCUCUUCUAUAUCAUAAUAACAAUAACAUCAUCAUCACAUCAUAUAGUUAGGUAGGUUAAAAUGCAUUCAUUCAUUCAUUUCAUUGAUUCGAUCUGGCUUCGCCAGAUCAAAACAAAAACUGCUAAAACACAAGGAGCAAAGAUCAUAAACAAUGCUAGAUAGAUAUUAGGUGUGGUUAUCUCUGGUAAAAGAAUGCUUCCAUACUUAAUUGCUA